AAAAAUCUAUCUAAAUGAAAAAUUAUACUAAAUUGAAUCCAAUGUAAAAGUAAAGAUGAAGAUAGAUAUUAUAUCCACCUAAGGAAUAAUAAAGUAAGCCAUGUUUCUAGAGACCUCUCUCGAUAGAACCACUCUAUUAUAAAAACUCAUUUUGUCAAACAAUUGCAUCAUAUAGAGUUUUAACUUAAAUUUGAAGGGCUUAUAAUUAGUUAUUUCAGCUCACGAAUGAAUUAAUUAUAUCAUUUGGUAAAAGAAAAUAAUUUAUAAACUUGAGAGUUAUUUCGUUUGUUGUUAAAUCAUUUGAACUAAAGUAUGAAAGUGCUUCAGAACCGUUAUUUUAUUCAUUAUUAUUAAAAUUGCUAUUUUUAUUAUAAUGUCUAAACAUGUCUAGGCGAGCUAGGAGAUAGACAAAUGCCUAAUGACCGUCGUACGCCUAACGUGCUGCUAAGCCUCAAUAAUUAUAACAAACUUUGAGUGCAUCUUAUAAAUUUGAUCACUUCUAUUUUGGUAUAAUUGAUUACAUCAUGAAAGCGAUCAAUCAAAGAGUCUUUCUUUAAGAUUUUGAUAAGAUGUCCCCUACUGUACAAUUAGUAUGACUAAAUUGUAAUAAGAUAAUCAUGUAUUGAAUUUGGAAUCGAUAGCGCAAAGUAUUGUACUAACUCAAGUAGAGUUUUAUCUACUCAUUACUUCAUAUUCACAUGUAGAUAGCUAUUUCGAAGAGUUAGAAUAUUGAUUGAGUUUGUUGAACUUUACCUAACGAAACUAUGAUAUCAAUCGCAAGAUAUUAUGCUUUUUGGAGAAAUUGGGAGAAUAUGUUGGUGAUUUCAAACCUAACAUGGAUAGCAUUGAAUUUAAGUGAUAAGCAACAUUUAUGUUUAAUAGAUUAGACAUGAAAAAUAUAUUUAGCAUUCUCAUAAGUUGGUAUGAAGAAGUGAAUAAUUAGGAAUUGAAAGCUAGAAACAAAGUUGAUUUAAUAAAUAACUGCAAAUGAUAUUGUGAAAAAGAAAACAAAUGCUUAGAGCAUAGCUAGGCAUGAGAGUGCUACAUUAAACCCUCUAAGAGAAAGCAAGUAACCAUUAAUAGUUAGUUGUGGAUAUUGAAAUAGUUAACUAUGAUGCAAUAAGUUUUGAUUGUUUUUUUAGAUUGUUAAAAUAAAUACAUUUUUCAUAAGACAAUACAUCUUUUUAUUUUUUUCGUACACAAUCGUGAAUUAUUUGCUUGAUUUGACUAAACUAUCAUUCAAAUUGAAUGAUUAAACAAUUUCGAAUUUUAGCAUAGACUGUCGAGAUAAUUGCUAUUAGUGUUUGUCAUGUUUAUAUUUCUUGAAAUGUAUUGUAUGAUACCAUUGUUCUUAUGUCGUCAUUGAACACUUCAAUUCAAUGCGCAAUAUUCAAACCAAUGAUAUUUGUGUUGAGAUUUUAAGAUUAUGCUUCAUUUAUAAGUUAGAAAAAAUUAUAAAUUAAUUAUUAAAAUAUGAAAAUAGAAGUAUCAAACACCACAGAAUACUUAUAGUAGACUUAGCGGGCUAACUAACCGUGAUAGAAAAGUACUUUGUUUUUCAUAAUUUUAACUUCCUAUAUGUUUUGUAUUAAUAAAGUAUAACAAAUGUGUGUAGUUUAAUUGGUUACAAUUCUUGUCUUUGGUGGAAGAGACCGUGGUUCAAAUCCUAACAUUGAUAUCUCGUGAUAGAAAACUCCGCCACCGGCUCACCAACACUCUCUCCUCCCCGCACAAAUCUCUUCACUCUCCCCCCUCGCGUUUCUGCGUCAACAAAAGCUCCCAGCUUCCGCCAACAAUGGCGCCUUCAAUCCCCUGUUUUGACCUGGGUCGCGCCAUUCUCUCUCUAUUGGUCCUCACCCUUUCUAUUUCAACAAUCCAAGCCCUCUCCAGCGACGACCGAGGAGCUCCUCUUCCUUCUGUCUACGAAGUCCUCCCCAAGUACGGUCUCCCCAGCGGGCUUUUGCCCGAUUCGGUGGUCUCCUACACGCUCGACGACGAUGGCAACUUCGCGGUGUCUUUGGCGAAGCCCUGUUACAUACAGUUCGAUUACUUGGUCUAUUACGCGGAGAAGAUUACUGGGAAACUGAGCUACGGGUCGAUCACGAAUUUGGAAGGGAUUCAGGUCCAGAAGUUCUUUAUCUGGCUCGAUGUUGACGAGAUUAAGGUCGAUUUGCCGCCUGCCGAUUCGAUUUACUUCCAUGUUGGCUUCAUCAACAAGAAGCUUGACGUUGACCAGUUUGAGACUGUGCAUUCUUGCCGUGAUGGGGUCUCUGGUGCGUCCUGUAAACGGUUCUGGGAGCGGGUGAUUGAGCUUCCAGCACCAGUGGUGAAUGAGACUCCAUUGCUUAUUACGGAGUAGCACCUGCAGCAGGCAGCAUUCUCUUGUGAAGGAAGAAGUGGAGCAAGGGGGUGAGUUAGUCGUGAACGAAUAAAGACUUUUGUAGGUGUCUAGUGGUCAUCUAAAAGGCCAAUACUUCAAGGAGUCGGCGAAAUGGUAUGUGUACAUAUUACUGUAGCACUAUGGAGACUCUACUACGUUGAUUUUCCUGCUGAAAGAAAGAGAGAGAAGAUGAUGUUAUCUACUUGCAAGAGGCCCUUGUUUCUAAUCAAGAACCUUACUUUUGAUGCCCCCUUGAUUCAACUCCAAGCAACAGCAGCAGUAGCAGAUUUUUUUUUUUUACAAUUAUCAAGCCCUAAAUUUACCUAAAUAUCGUGGGUCUUGCACUUUUGUACCUCAACUUAAUGAAUGAUGCAAACUAGUCCACAUCCCACUUGCCACCAUAGUAAUUAGUAAAAUUGUUUAAACAGGAUUGCUCUCUUAAUCCCACUUGGCAGACGUGUGGGACUCAGAAAGGAAACUCUCCAUCAAUCAUCAUCUUCUUCUCUUGCGGGCCCAUGAUGGAAUUCCACUGAUCCUUCCUUUGCAGAACGAGAAAUUUUGUGUGUAUACUACUAACCCAUGCUCAGGCGCUAACAGCAAACUGCCCCUUACUCGAAUGUUAUUGUGACUUUAGGCCACUGCAAGUCCCACAACGCUCUUCAGCCCAUCCCAGGGGACCCUGCUCUCGUCAUUUGCCAAGUGGCGGAUUAUGAAGUCGCUAGUGAUAACCUCCAUAGUCAGGUUUGUGACACUAGGACUGACACUUAUUUUUGUUCCUGCCCAAUCGAGGGCGAGGCAACAAACACACUCCUAGAUAUCAUCUCUUCGGACUGCAGCAUUUGGUCAAGGCACUCAAAGAACCUAAUCAAAGAUGAUCAUGGUGAUGUUAUGCUGUCCUUUAAUCCUUGACAUAGAAUUCUGGUUCUUCCAGCUGGACCAGAGUGUCACUCCUUUCUGUAAUUGUAUUGCAUUCUCGACAUAGUUAGAAUAAGAGAAUCGGUCAUAUCAGGGGAAGAAAAAAAUAACCAUGGGUGGGCGCCUCCCUGAGAAUCUGAAGCUUAGAGUCCAUUGAUGGACCACCAUAUAGUGAUAACAGCUGCCUGCUCCCAUGGAUCCUCAACCGUCAAAGUCUUUCUGGUAUUCUUCAUUUUGUCAGCUAUAGAUCUAUGAUCUGCAAAUUUAGAAGUUUAGUGAUUGAUUUAUUACUUUCCAAUGCUUAAGGUCCGUUUGUCUAUUUAUAAUUUUCCGUUCGUCUUUUUUUAAACACAAUAAGUAGUAGCCGGCAUGGGCGGCCGAGAGUAACAUCAACUAUGUGUGAAUGAUCCGUUGAAUGAAUGAACCGAUGCCUUUGUC